AAUCAAACUGCGACAAAAGAAUUUCAGGAUUUGUAUACAUUUUAUUAAAUUUUUAUUUAUUCUAACUUUGAAUUUUCAUAAAAUGUCUGAAGAAUGGAAAGCUUACGUAAGUGACUCUAGAACAGUGUGUAAAUAUGGUACAAAAUGCUAUCAAAAAAAUCCAGAACACCACAAACAGUAUAAACACCCACCAGACCUUAAAGCUAAAGCUAAUAAGCGACAAAAUAACCGUUUCAAGCCUUAUAUCAAAGAAAAGAAGCCUACUGUUGCAGCUAAGGCAAGUGAUGACAAUAUUCAGAAUAGUAAAGUUGAAUUAGAUGCUGAUAUAGGUGACAAGGCGGAAACAACGAAAGCUCAGAAUGAUGAUAAUCCUGCAUCCAAGUCUCCACGAGUAACAGAAGUUGAAGAUGUACCCAAACAUCUCAUCAAAUCAGCUUCCUUUUAUGACAAAAAUACAGAUCCUCUUAUUUUAAAAGAAUGUUUUUUGGUGGAAAUGCCAGAAGACUUCUUCCAGUUUUAUAAGUGCCUUCAGGAUGAUACAGAUAAUGUUGAGAAAUUAUUAUCUAGUGUUAAUUUACAGCUUAUUGGACCAUAUGAGUUAUUUUUAGGUAAAUUACCCAAAUUGGAAGAUAAAGAUCUGUAUUUAAUUCACUGGAGAUUUUUCUUUGACCCCCCUGAGUUUCAGGCUGUUUUAAAAAAGAAAGGUAAAAGUGAAUUUCACAUAGGCUACUACAGAGACGACCCACAAGAGAAACCAGUGUUUCUUGCUAAAAAUGACAGUUCUGCCAAUUACACUAUAACACCAGUAGCUGAAAACAUUUUUGGAGCAGUUUAUGCAUUCUUACAAAAUGAAAAGAAAACAUCACCAUUUAUUUCUAUAUCAUGUCAAAAGCUAAUGGAUAAGGUGAAGAAGUGGGCAGAGCAGUAUAAUUACACCAUAGAAGAAUAUAAUAUGAAAAAAAGGAACCAGCAAAUGGUCUGUCGGACCUUUAACAAUGCAGGCAUUGUUGUACCUUAUAAUAAGAAAACUCAGCUUGGAUAUAGAAAAUUGGCUGAAAGUGACACUGAUAUAAAGAAAAUGUUCAAACAAUUAAAAGAAGCUAAAUCCCAGGCUGAGAAAGAUAAAGUCCUAUCAGAAUUACAGCCAGUGAUCACUUAUGCAAGUAUAGCGAUGGAUGAGUGCGAUUUCGGAACAGGACUUGAGGCUGGCAUUGCCUUCUUCUGCUCCGGGCUGCCUGAGCUGCAAACUAGUGCCUUGAAAAAUCUAGAAGUAGCCUAUUCUCUGUUGGGCAGAGGAGCUUUUAGUAAAAUUAUACAGAUACAUAUGAAAUAUCGGCGCAAGGGCCCGGACAUGUCGGUAUUGGGAAACGACUGAUGUGAAAUGAUGUUUAAUAAUUUUUGAUUCUAAUAUAUUUUUUUAAGAUUUAUUGUUGACAUAAGUAAGUAUUAAAAACAAAAUAAUUUUUGGCAG